AUGGACACGGAAAGAGAACAUGCAGCUUUUGUCUACGCCUUUACUGCAGUAACACUGGACCUAACACGCGCAUCUCAAUCGCAAUCCACACCAACACCCUCAACAUCAACCUCAACCCAAAUCACCGAACUACUACGCCAAUCCGUCGAAACCCAACAACCCCUCGUAAUAGGCUUCCGUCCCUCAAUCCUACGCGCCAUGACAAGCAUCUUCAUCCAGAUGUGCGCCAUGAGCCUAGGCCAAUACGACCUAGGCUUCUUCUACCUCCGCGAAGCAAUAAGCAUGAUCCAAAUCCUAGGCGUAGACAAAACAAGCACCCUCUCCGACCUGGACAUAACAGAGCGCUCCCGCCGCCAACGUCUCUACUGGCAAUGUUUCAUCCACGAGCGCUUCAUGUCGAUAGUAUACUUCUCGCCGGUGACGCUCCCACCGCACGCGCAGUUCCCCGAGGAAGAUCCGCUUUCUGUUGAGCUUGGGCUGGGCAGUGGGAUUCAGCAGGGCUGGACGCAGGUUAUCAAGACUUUUUGUAUGCUUGAUGCCUCGUUUAUUAGUCUUUGGAUCGGGGAUCGGUCGCGGGUUACUGCUUCUUGGGUUGAGGCGAAACAUCGUGAGCUUGAUGAUGCGUUGUGGGAACUUGAGGUUUCGACGUUGUCUGAGUUGCAGCAGGCUGAUCUUGUUGUUACGAGGCAGUGGAUGCGCACUUUGUUGUGGCAGAUGGCUAUGUCGAAUUGUUUGUUGUCUAGUCAUGCUUCUUGUCCUUCUUUGGAGCUUGAGAUGCCGUUGCAGUUGUCUAGUCAGCUGAGAAGGUUUUUGACGAAGAUCUCGCAGAAUACAAUUCGCGUGCAUGGCUCGUCAAUGAUUAGCAAGUUGUUGGAAAUUAUUAAUACUAUUGCUGAUGUGGUUAUUCACGUUCCGCAGGCCACGCGUGAGGAGACGACUUGUCGCAUUGAUGAUAUUGUUUUCAUGCAGGGGGUUGUUCUUUCGUUUCAUAAUUUGCAGGUUAUGUCGAAGAAUAUUCUGUUGGAUAAGUUUCGGGUGAUUCGGGCGAGGUUCUCGCAUAUCGAGGUUGCUUCGCAGUUGGCUGUUUAG